CGCCAGCUAAUCACCAGAGUGACCGUCUGAAUCUGGAGAAGUCCUUGCCGAUGAAGAAAGCAGCUCUCACCACUUCCGAUUCUGGGCAUUGCACAGCUGAAGAGGUGUUUGCAUCUGAAGAUGAAUCUGAAGAAAGCUCCUCGCUCAGUACAGAGGAAGAGGACUCAGAAAAUCAAGAAGCUCUUAGGAAAAAGCUUUCAAAGCCUUCUCAGGUGGGCAGUGGUCAGAAACUGGGGUCAAGGAACCUAAUUGAUGAGACAAGUGAUAUAGAAGAUUUACUCAAAGAGGAAGAAGAUUACAAGGAAGAAAAGAAUGAUCCCACAGAAACCUCAGGUGCCCUCAAGUGGAAGGAAGACCUUUCCAGAAAGGCAGCUGAGGCCUUUCUGAGGCAGCAGCAAGCAGCUCCAAACCUCCGAAAGCUUAUUUAUGGGACAGUGAAAGAAGAUAAUGAAGAAGAUGAUGAUACCCGAGUAGAGCUUGGAGGGUUAUUUCGUGUCACCCAGCCUGACAGAGAGUGUAAGCACAAGGCCGACUCUUUGGACUGCUCCAGAUUUCUUGUGGAGGCGCCCCACGACUGGGAUUUAGAGGAGGUCAUGAACAGCAUCAGAGAUUGCUUCGUGACUGGAAAGUGGGAAGACGAUAAAGAUGCAGCCAAGGUCUUAGCAGAAGAUGAGGAGCUCUACGGUGACUUUGAAGACUUGGAAACAGGGGACGUGCACAAGGGAAAAUCAGGCCCCAUUACUCAGAAUGAAGAUAUAGAGAAAGAAGUUAAGGAAGAAAUUGACCCCAAUGAAGAGGAAAGUGCCAAGAAAAAGCAUUUGGAUAAGAAGAGAAAAUUGAAGGAGAUGUUUGAUGCAGAAUAUGAUGAAGGAGAAAGCACAUAUUUUGAUGAUCUUAAAGGAGAAAUGCAGAAACAAGCACAGCUGAACCGUGCAGAAUUUGAGGAUCAAGAUGAUGAAGCCAGAGUUCAGUAUGAGGGUUUUCGACCUGGGAUGUACAUCCGCGUUGAGAUUGAAAAUGUUCCCUGCGAAUUUGUGCAGAACUUUGACCCCCAUUACCCCAUUAUCCUGGGUGGCUUGGGCAACAGUGAGGGUAAUGUUGGAUGCGUGCAGAUGCGUCUGAAGAAACAUCGCUGGUAUAAGAAAAUCCUCAAGUCCCGAGAUCCAAUUAUAUUUUCUGUAGGGUGGAGGAGGUUUCAGACCAUCCCACUCUAUUAUAUUGAAGACCACAAUGGAAGACAAAGGCUUCUAAAGUACACGCCACAGCACAUGCAUUGCGGAGCAACCUUUUGGGGCCCUGUCACUCCACAGGGAACUGGUUUCUUGGCAAUACAGUCUGUCAGUGGCACAAUGCCUGAUUUCCGGAUAGCUGCCACAGGAGUUGUCCUUGAUCUGGAUAAAUCCGUAAAAAUUGUGAAGAAAUUAAAGCUAACUGGUUUUCCAUAUAAAAUUUUCAAGAACACUUCAUUUAUUAAGGGAAUGUUUAAUUCUGCCUUGGAAGUGGCCAAAUUUGAAGGUGCUAUGAUUCGAACUGUCAGUGGGAUAAGGGGGCAGAUCAAGAAAGCGCUCCGGGCUCCAGAAGGAGCUUUCCGGGCCAGCUUUGAGGAUAAGCUGCUGAUGAGUGAUAUUGUCUUCAUGCGAACUUGGUAUCCAGUUUCAAUCCCAGCCCUCUAUAACCCAGUAACAUCUUUGUUGAAACCAGUGGGUGAAAAAGACACCUGGUCAGGAAUGCGGACCACAGGUCAACUCAGGCUCGCCCACGGCAUCAGACUAAAGGCGAACAAGGACUCUCUGUAUAAGGUAGCAGUUGCGUGUGUGUUACUGCAGAUGCAGCCUGUGCUCUGUAGACAGGGAGUCACAUAGACACUUUUCUAUAAUGUCUUACAUGCUUUGAAUGUCCAAGUAUAAAGUCUAACAUUGAAUUUGAUUGAACAGUUGUA